CGGCCGCGCCCACGUGACGGGGGAAGCCGGAAGCGGCGGUCACGUGGAGGGGGAGCGAGAAGAUGCCGGAGCCGGAGCUGCGGGUGAACGCGGCCUUCGCGGAGCGCUACGGCCGGUACCGGCGGCGCGAGGAGCUGCAGCGGCUGCAGGACCGUUACGGGGACACCGGGGGCGGCUCCAGCUCCGAGUCCGAAUCCAGCGGGGACGACGUGGCCCUCGACCCCCGCCUGGAGCGGGAUUUCUACCGCACCCUGGCGCUGCUGAAGACCCGGGACCCCCGAAUCUACCGGCAGGACACCACCUUCUACAGCCAGCAAGACUCAUCGUCAGGGAGCGAUGCCGAGGAGGAGGAGGAUGAAGAGCAGCCGGCAAAGCCCAUGUACCUGAAGGAUUAUGAGAGGAAGGUGGUGCUGGAGAAGGAGGGCAAAUACGUGGAUGAGGAAGAUGAGGAGGAUGAAGAGGCAGCAGCCGAGCGGAGGAAGCGAGUGGCCUCUAGGAGCUACGUGGAGGAGCAGCGGGAGCUGAAGGAGAGCUUCCGAGCCUUCGUGGCCGACAGCGAAGAGGAGGAGGAGGAGGAGGGGGGGUCUGCCCUGCUCCGGCGGCGCAGUCAGACAGCAGAGGAGAAGGAGCGGGAGGAGGAGGAUUACAUCCGCUGGCUGAAGGGGCAGGGGGAAGCCCCCCCGGAGCCGCUGCAGGACCUGGUCCCCCUCCAGCAGUACUGGACCGACCCGGCGCUGGACCCCGGCGAGCGCUUCCUGCGGGAUUACGUCCUGAACCAGGGCUACCGCGAGGAAGAGGAGGAGGAAGAGGAUGCCGAAGGGGCAUCCCCGCUCCGGCUGGCCGAUUCCUCGGACGAGGGCGAGCUUUUCCUGGCCAAGCAGGAGGAUUUCGAACGUCGCUACAAUUUCCGCUUCGAGGAGCCCGACGCCGAGCAGGUGAAGACGUACCCCCGGAACAUCCCCACCUCGGUGCGACGACGGGACGAGCGGCGGAAGGAGAAGCGGGAGCAGAUUCGGGAGAGGAAGAGGAAGGAGAAGGCGCGGAAGCAGGAGGAGCUGAAGCAGCUGAAGAACCUGAAGCGGGAGGAAAUGGCCGCCCGGCUGGCCCGGCUGCGGGAGGCCACCGGCAACGCCGUCGUCGGCUUCACCGAAACCUUCCUGGAGGAAGACUUUGACCCGGCCCGGCACGACCGGCUCAUGGCGGAAUAUUUCGGUGACGAUUAUUACGGCCGAGGGGAGGAGGAGAAGCCGCAGUUUGAGGAGGAGGAGGGGCUGGACGACGACUGGAACUGGGACGCCUGGACGGGCCGGGAGGAGGGGGGGGGCGAGCACGAGCCCCACUGCGAGGACCCCCGAUUUCGUGGUACGUGUAUGGACGCCGACUACGACCCGGCGGCCCCCCGGCCCCCAAAACAGCGGCAGCCCCCGGCGCUGGGGAAGAAGCGGCGCAAGACGCGGUUCAGGGAGGCGGUGGAGCGGGAAAAGCCGGCGUUCGUACCCCCGGUGACCACCAGCACCUUCGAGCAGUACCUGGACGAGUUUUACCGCCUGGACUACGAGGACCUGGUGGGGGACCUGCCCUGUCGCUUCAAGUACCGCAACGUCCUCCCCUGCGACUUCGGCCUCACCACCGACGAGAUUCUGGCAGCCGAUGACAAGGAUCUGAACCGCUGGUGCUCCCUGCGCAAGACCUGCAUGUACCGGUCGGAGCAGGAGGAGCGGCAGGAUCAGGCCAACUACAGCCGGCUGGCGCAGAACGCCUGGAAGAAGCAGCAGAUCUUCAAAUCCCUGGUGGCUGCGCCGGAGGAGCCGCAGCCGGCGCCAUCGGCCAAGCCCAAGCUGGGGAAGAAAUGCCGGGACAAGCGGAAACGACCCCUGGGGCCGGCGGUUCGCCUGGGGGGCCGGGAUUUCACCGGGAAGCGGUUGGAAGCCUUCGGCCUCAAUCCCCGACGUCUCCGGUACCGGCAGCUUCUCCGGCAGCGGCGCAAAAAGGGGGGGGGCGGGGGGGGGGAAGGAAGGAAAGCCCCCCCGGCCCCUGAUCCGGCGCUGGGGGGGCGGGGGAACGGGCCAUACACGCACGGUGACGGAGAGAACACCGUAACGCACCGCGCCAGCCGCGCUCUGGUUCAAGUUCAUCUUUAA